AUGGCUAAGCCGAAAUUGGUAUUUAUUUUAACAUUAGCUACUAGCACUGUGGUGUUAGCUCAAACCGAUAACUCAACUCGUUCGGUUCGUGCUCCUCAAGCUGCACAAAUCAACUACGAUGAUCCAAGCGGUUCGAAAGUGAAUUGGAAAUUUUAUGCACCAUACAAUCAACAACGCACUCACCUGGAGAAUCCUCAACGAACUCAACGAGCCGAGACUUCGUUAACUCAAGCGCAAAUCCCAUCAGCACCAAGUCAACAACAUCAUCAACGUCUGGUCCAGUCUCAUCAUCAACCAACACCAAUAUCCAAUUUAGUAUCAACACAACCGGAAUACAAAUCAUAUGCAUCGGUACCAAUACAUAUUAAAGAAUUGAUACUUCAAACGUAUCAACCACAACGACCAUACGUUGACCCAUCUUCAUUUAUUUAUCAGCAAAGUGAACAAUUAUCACCAACAAAACAAACCAAUUCACGUGCUGAUAUUUCUCAUUCCAAUCAAUACGAAUCACCUGCUAGGAAAUAUCAAACAAUCGAUGACAACAGAUCAGCAUCUACGAAUUUUGAUUACAAUCAUGAUGGUUUACCUAAAUCAUCUCAAGAAAGAAUUGAUUUUAAAUCAGAUUAUGAUCAACAUACACAAAAUACUGAACAAUUUCAACACCAACAGGAACAAAUUCAGCAACAACAGGCACAAAUACAGCAACAACAACAGCAACAACAGCAACACAUUAUUGGUAUUACUGUACCGGUUGAAACUAUGCCAGUUCAACCGGCACCUAAAUUGGUCAUCGACAAGAACAUGCCGCAAGAAAUUCAACAGUUGUUACAUUACCAAGCUCAGAUACCCUAUGAUGUCAUAGCUAACAGAAUAACUUACAGACCUAAAACCCUGUUCAUUCCUAAACCGAUUCCGGACGACUCUAAAGGAUCAUAUUAUUACAAAAGUAAGAUUUAUUUCAUGAAGGAUGAUAACAUUGACGAAAUUGAGAACACCAAACCGGUCGAGGAAAAUCAACACCAUUGA